GAAUCUGCUUCAGCGCUGUGACCAGUGGUGGACUCUGGAUGCUGGGACACUGCAUAAACCCUGCCUGGUGUUUCCACAGCUCUUCCUGGACCCCUCGCGGAAACUACAUUGAGUCAAAUCGAGAUGACUGCACAGUGUCGCUGAUCUACGCUGUGCACCUGAAGAAGUCCGGCUACAUCUUCUUUGAGUACCAGUACGUGGACAACAACAUCUUCUUUGAGUUCUUUAUUCAGAACGAUCAGUGCCAGGAGAUGGACUCCAGCACCGACAAGUGGGUGAAGCUCACGGACAGCGGACAGUGGGGCUCUCAUUCUGUGAAGCUGAAGUCAGGCACAAACAUCCUCUACUGGAGAACCACGGGCAUCCUGAUGGGCUCCAAGGCGGUCAAGCCCGUGCUGGUGAAGAACAUCACCAUCGAAGGGGUGGCUUACACCUCCGAAUGCUUCCCCUGCAAGCCUGGCACGUUCAGCAACAAGCCAGGCUCCUUCAGCUGCCAGGUGUGCCCCAGGAACACCUACUCGGAGAAGGGAGCCACGGAGUGUGUGCGCUGUGACGAGGACUCCCAGUUUUCAGAGGAAGGGUCCAGCAAGUGUAUGGAACGUCCUCCCUGUACCACAAAGGACUACUUCCAGAUCCACACGGCCUGCGACGCGGAAGGCAAGACACAGAUAAUGUACAAGUGGAUAGAGCCCAAAAUCUGCAGGGAGGACCUCACAGAUGCUAUUCGACUGCCCCCUUCUGGAGAGAAGAAGGAUUGUCCUCCAUGCAACCCCGGAUUCUACAAUAAUGGAUCGUCUUCUUGUCACCCCUGCCCUCUCGGGACGUAUUCAGAUGGCACAAAGGAGUGCAGACCCUGUCCUGCGGGAACGGAGCCAGCCCUGGGGUUUGAGUACAAGUGGUGGAACGUCCUCCCCAGUAACAUGAAGACCUCCUGCUUCAACGUGGGCAACUCAAAGUGUGACAGGAUGAACGGUUGGGAGGUGGCUGGAGAUCAUAUCCAGAGUGGAGCUGGAGGCUCCGACAAUGACUACCUGAUCCUAAACCUGCACGUCCCGGGAUUUAAGCCUCCGACGUCUCUGACAGGAGCCACAGGCUCGGAGCUGGGCAGGAUAGCGUUUGUCUUCGAGAUGCUCUGUUCCGCCGACUGUGUCCUGUACUUCAUGGUGGAUAUUAAUAGAAAAAGUACCAAUGUGGUGGAAUCAUGGGGUGGAACCAAAGAAAAACAAGCUUACACUCACCUCAUCUUCAAGAAUGCCACAUUCACGUUCACGUGGGCCUUCCAGAGGACCAACCAGGGCCAGGAUAACAGACGGUUCAUCAAGGAUGUGGUGAAGAUCUAUUCCAUCACAGCCACUAACGCAGUCGAUGGGGUGGCGUCUUCCUGCCGCGCCUGUGCCCUGGGCUCUGAGCAGUCGGGCUCAUCGUGUGUCCCCUGCCCCCCAGGCCACUACAUUGAGAAAGAAGCCAACCAGUGCCAAGAGUGUCCGCCCGACACCCGCCUGUCCACCCACCAGGUCUACGGCAAGGAGGCGUGCAUUCCCUGUGGACCUGGGAGCAAGAGCAGCCAGGACCAUUCAGUUUGCUACAGUGACUGCUUCUUCUCCCACGAAAGAGAAAACCAGAGCUUGCACUAUGACUUCAGCAACCUCAGCAGCGUAGGCUCGCUAAUGAACGGCCCAAGCUUCACCUCCAAAGGGACAAAGUACUUCCACUUCUUCAACAUCAGCCUGUGUGGACACGAGGGAAAGAAGAUGGCUCUCUGCACCAACAACAUCUCGGACUUCACGGUGAAGGAAACAGUGGUGGGCUCAGAUGAUUAUGCCAAUCUAGUAGGAGCAUUUGUGUGCCAGUCAACAAUCAUUCCUUCUGAAAGCAAGGGUUUCCGAGCAGCCCUGUCUUCCCAGUCCAUCAUCUUGGCAGAUACAUUCUUAGGAGUGACAGUUGAAACCACAUUGCAAAACAUUACUAUAAAAGAAGAUAUGUUCCCUGUUCCACCAAGCCAAGUACCUGAUGUGCACUUCUUUUAUAAGUCUUCCACAACUACACCGUCUUGUACUGAUGGCCGAUCCACUGCUGUGAAAAUGAGGUGUAAUCCUACGAAAGCUGGGGCAGGUGUGAUCUCAGUCCCCAGCAAAUGUCCCGCGGGCACCUGCGAUGGGUGUGCAUUCUACUUCCUGUGGGAGAGCGCCGAGGCCUGCCCGUUGUGCGUGGAGCACGACUUCCAUGCCAUCGAGAGCGCCUGCAAGCGAGGGCUGCAGGAGACCUUGUACGUGUGGAAUGAACCUAAAUGGUGCAUUAAAGGAAUUUCUUUGCCUGAGAAAAAGCUGUCGGCCUGUGAAACUAUCGACUUUUGGCUGAAAGUGGGAGCCGGUGUGGGAGCUUUCACCGCCGUUUUGCUGGUGGCCCUAACUUGCUACUUCUGGAAAAAGAAUCAGAAGUUGGAGUACAAAUAUUCCAAGCUGGUGAUGACGACAAACUCAAAGGAGGGUGAACUCCCAGCUGCAGACAGCUGCGCCAUCAUGGAAGGGGAAGACAACGAGGAGGAAGUCGUGUAUUCCAAUAAACAGUCGCUCCUGGGAAAGCUCAAGUCUUUUGCAACAAAGGAAAAAGAAGAACAUUUUGAAUCUGUUCAGCUGAAAUCCUCACGAUCCCCCAAUAUAUGAAGCGUUCGUGCUGUGGGCUUCAGAGGAGUGGCCUGAGAAACGCGCUCCCCACUGUGCAGGACUGUAGUGAGGGCCUGUCCUCCUGGGGGCUGGGCCUCCCCAGGGGCGCCAUGCUGCCAAGGGGAAGGAGGAGGAUGUUUGAUUGCCUUACCACGCGCUCCAGGACCUUCCAAACUGAGGAAUGCAAACAGACUGGGUCUCAACUGCAGAUAAGCUUCGCUCAGGAAGAGAUUUGCUGUCCACAUGCGUGACCGGCACCACGCAGGGCCCUGGCGCUGGGGUGCAUGCGUGGGACCAGCGGGCGGCCUUCCCCUUUCUCCUGUCUGGGCAGUGAGUGUGCCCUGCAGUGCGGAGGCGAGCAUAUGCCUGUGAUCUCAUUUAUGUCUUGUCUUUGUUUAUAUUUUGGAAAAGAUUGGAAAAAUUUUCUAAGGUAUAAUUAUUUUUCCCAUUAUUUAUUUUCCCAACAGACCUUAAAUCAUCUUUUCUAUUAAAAAUGGUGAGUGAUGAAAGACAAUAAACUUUUCAUUUUUGUAGGGUAUUUUCUCUUGAUUUCAGAAACUUAUCAGUAAUAUUUUAGGGGGAAUUAGUGUGUUCUUGGGUUAUUUACUUCUAACUGCCUUUGAAACUCUGUCCUUGCUGGAACUGGUCAGAAGAGUUUGACCAAAAGCUUGAAGGAAUCUUAAAAAAACUUAAAAGGCAGUGAGAAGCCUUGACUUACAUUAGUGCGUGGAAGGUGGGGGCUCGGCACAGCGGGCUGUGGAGACUGAAGCAGGAGAGCCUGCAUGUCCCGUCAGUUGCACAGCCUUGAGGAACGGUGUGGGCGCUGUCCGUACGCACGGACGCCUGUGCGGGUGUUGGGGUGACUUUGGGUCUGCAGAGAAUGAGUGUGAAGCUUUCCCCAGGCCCGGCCCAGGAGGUUGUGUGGUGAUUUUCCUGCUGCAAGACUUUGAGGUUUAUGGUGGUCUUGCGGGGAGGCAUCUUUUCAAGCCUAUGAAGCAGGAAUUCAGUUUUGGAAAAUACAUAAUUGUGUAUGUGGAUGAGAAUGUGGAUGUACCUAAGCACCUGUGAAAUAAGCUUAUUCAACAGUGACCCAGGAAAUUGUGAUAUUUCUUAUAAUAGGUUACUAGUGUUCAUAUGACUUAUUUGUUGAAAAAAGUUUGAAGAUGGAUUUGACUAAUUUUAUGUAAACUUUGUUUAGAACUGGGGGAAGGGGGAUUUUCCUGGCAUUGCUGACCGAAGGUACCCUGGUUAUUCCCAAUAAACAGUGAUCUUUGUAGAUCUUCA